GGCCAAAGCUGACCCUCUUCAGCAGAGAGGACAAACUCCUGGAGAGGUGGAGACAGCAGGAGAGUCUCCGACAGCUUCGGAGAGAGAUAGAGAGAGAGAAGGAGCUGAAAGAGAGGGAGCAGAAGAGAGAGAAGAAGGAGAAGAGGAGGAGGAAGCUGGAAGAGAAGAGGAGGCAGCGAGAGAGGGAGAGGCAGAAGGAGAUAGAAAUGGUUCAGUGGAGGCUGCAGAUCAUGAUGGAGCGAGAGAGAGUGGAGGAGGAAGAGAGGCAGGAGCUCCAGAGACUCAGAGAGCUGGAGAAGGAACUGCAGCUGAAAGAGCUGAGGGAGAGAGAGAAGGAGAGAAAGGAGAGAAAGGAGAGAGAGCGCCAGCCGUCCACUAGAAAGGUAGGACUCAUGAUCUCAUUCAUCACAGUGUUAGUGAUUAGAGAGUGUUUAGUCAUCAGUGAAAGGUUCUGUUAUUGAUUAGUGACAGUUUAUUAGUUAUAUUAGUGAAAUAUCUUACAGUGAGGAUUUUAGUCAUUCAUAUGAUGAACUUCAGUGGAGCUUUUCAGGUCUGUUAAAGUGUGUGAUCAGUGUUUGAUUGAUCGGCUCUUUCUCCUCUUUAUUGACUGAUGGAGUCAGAAAAGAAGGAGAGGUUCAAGAAGAAGUGAAAAGAGAGGCUGCAGUUCAGCUGUGAUGAGUUCUAGACUGACUGUGUGUGAAAGACUCAUCACUGGAUCUCCGCAGUUCUUUAAAUGUAGUGAAAGGCUGCAUCACUUUGAGAAACGCUGCAUUGGCUACUGCAGAGAAAGUCAGCCCAACACAAUGAAGCACAGUAGAGAUGAACUGAUCCCACUUUUUCUUUCUCUAUAUCAUUUUCAAUGCCUGAACUCAGGAUAUCGGCCGAUUUUCAUAUAAUGUGCUUUUACAGUUGAAGAGUUCACACUAAAACAUGAUCUGUAUAUUUUAAGAUUUUUUUUAUAAUCAAACAUAUUUAACCAUGUUCUUCUAAUUUAUUUUAAGGCUACGAAGUCUAACUGAUCACUGUAGACAUCUUAACUAUCACCUUAUUAUCACCUGAUUAUCUAA